AUGCUCAGGCUGCGAGGCUUAGCACUGCAGGGAUGGAGCUGCGUGAAGACCAGCGUCAUCCUGAGGAGCAUGUUUGAUUGCAUACAGGGUGGUUCCAUAGAGUCAUCACAGAGGAUAAAACAUAACAAUUAUGAGACAGCUGUCCUGGGAGGAAACGUGACCAUCUUCUGCAACUUGACAAGUCUGGCAAAUGUUGAGCAAAUCACCUGGCAGAAAAUCCAAGGCCAUUUGCCUCAAAAUAUUGGUACUUACAGCCAUAAAUACGGAGAAAAGAUCCUCCCACCAUAUGUAAACAGGCUACACUGCAAGAUCCUGGAACCCAGUGCCUCCUUCAUAACUAUCCGAAACCUGACAUUUGAAGAUGAAGCCUGCUACAAGUGUCUGUUUAACACUUUUCCACAAGGCAGCCAUGGAGGACAAACAUGCCUUAACAUUUUAACUGUGUCUGACUUAGUAACUGAGCUCCAAUCUGUUCCUGGCUCUGAAGAUCUCCAUAACCUUCAGUGCUCAGCUAUGGGAAAGCCUGCCCCUGGAAUCUCCAUUUACCCCUCACAAGUCAUAGUGCCCACAGAAGAGUACUUUGUUCAGAACCCCAAUGCCACAGUGACUGUCACUAAAAUCUACAACGUCUCCUUGAAAACUGUGAGAUCCUUGGGUCUCUGGAACCUGGUUGUGUCUAUGACUCACCCUCUAAAAUAUGAAGAAAAGUUAGUUCCUCUGCCAGUAAAUCAAGAAAGUACCAGGAAUCCUUGUUCAAAUUGGAAGACAACUGCAAUUUUAUUCAUCAUUUUGUUGUUCAUUUCAUUUGGGGCCAGUCUCUAUAUUAAUUUCAAAAAGAAAAGGUCAGAGAACAUCCCUGAACCAUCAUCAACCCAGAUGCUUAACCCGCCAUCAACACUGGUGCGCACACCAUCACCAUCAGAGACCGAGAAUGUAGGGAGACAACGUUGUCAGACAGAGAUAUAA